CCUACAAACCUGAAAAAAUUGGAUUAGCCAAAUAGGUAGGGUUUUAGUGAUUUUCUGGUGAGAGAUGUCGACGCCCACCGACCCUAUCAAUUCCGAUGCCGACCCCAAUUCUACCCUCACUCCCGAUUCUAUUCCCCAACCCAGUCCUCCCGUUGUUUGCCUCCUCAGAUUCGCCGGCGACUCCGCCGGCGGUGCUUUCAUGGGCUCCAUUUUUGGCUAUGGUUCAGGGUUGAUUAAGAAGAAGGGUUUAAAAGGAUCUCUUGCAGAUGCUGGGUCUUCUGCCAAGACAUUUGCAAUUUUAUCUGGAGUACACAGUUUAGUUGUCUGCUUUUUGAAGAGGUUGCGUGGAAAAGAUGACAUUAUAAAUGCAGGAGUAGCUGGAUGCUGCACUGGUCUUGCUCUAAGCUAUCCGGGUGCACCACAGGCUCUUCUUCAAAACUGUCUCACUUUUGGGGCCUUCUCCUUCGUAAUUGAAGGUCUUAACCAAAGACAAUCAGCAAUGGCCAUGCCGUUGUCAACUAGCGCAAGGAAGCAACAAGACUAUGGGACACUUCCUCCUCUGGCUAUUCCCCUGGCCAAGGAACUCAAGGAGUCCUUUCAAUCAUUUUGCCAGUCUAUAGGAAAAGAAGUCGCUGCCCCGCGCCCAUGGUAACGCCUUGUAGGGAGUUUUCAAGCAGAAAUGUCAAUUGCAUUCCCAUAAUGACCGAGGCUUCAAACUUCACCUUGUCAUCUCUAAAGAGCUCAACUAAAUGAAGGUUUCGGUUGGUGGUAGAUAAAAGCUUUGUUUACUUGCGUAGUAAGACUGCAUCACCUACGUUUAAAUGCUUGAAUAUGUACAACAAUUUAUUUUUACUAGCUAAUGAAAAAUGUCGCCUCGUCUCUA